AUGUCUUGGGUGACCUGGGCCUCUGUGCCCAUCCUCAUCUUUGGCCUAUGGCUGUACACGUCGCAUCUCAGCAAGUCGUUCCCCACGUUGCAAGGAAAACGGAUAUUGCUCCUAAUCGCACACCCCGAUGACGAGGCCAUGUUUUUCGCGCCUACUCUGCUGGCAUUGACGCGUCCUGCGCUUGGAAAUCACGUCAAGAUCCUCUGUUUGAGCAGCGGCGAUGCCGACGGACUGGGCGAAGUCAGGAAGAAGGAGCUUGUGAAUAGCGCGUUGCAGCUAGGCCUGGGUGCACCGCAGGAUAUACACAUUGUCGAAGACAAAAACUUCCCAGACUCCAUGACAGUGACGUGGCACCCACGCCUAAUAUCGAACCUCCUCACCUCGGCAUUUGCCCCGAAAAUGGCUUCCGUUUCCUCCAAAGAAGCCCCGCAGGCUACCAUUGACGCGAUCAUCACCUUCGACGCCCACGGCAUCUCGUCGCAUCCGAACCACAAGUCGCUACAUAACGGAGCGCAUGCGUUCCUCAAGGCACUCAUGCAUAGACACAGCGGGUGGGAGUGUCCAAUCAAGCUCUAUACCCUCACUACCACCUCAAUAUUUCGCAAGUACCUCAGUCUGGUAGACGCUCCUGCCACUUUAGUAGGCUCUGUGAUAAGCAAAAAGGAGCUUGGCAGCUUUCCCACGCCAUUGUUAUUUGUCAGCUCACCGAUUGGUUACAGGACCGCUCAGAAGGCCAUGACCACGGCGCAUGAAAGUCAGAUGCGCUGGUUCCGGUGGGGUUGGAUAACGUUUUCUCGAUAUAUGAUAUUAAACGACCUGAAGAAGGAGAAGACGUUGUAG